AUGAGUUGCCUCAAAGAGCAAACCCACAGAAGUCUGGACAAUGAUGGAUCCGAAACCUCAGCUGUCUAUUCCUCUGAGAACUAUGGUUGCCACCUAAGAACAUUGGACGUCAACAUUGAUUCAGGAGAUCACACAGACUUCAGUGUGUCAGGAGUGAUGCCCCAUGGUUCAGGUGGAGAGUGGUCAGGGUCCAGCAGGAUGGAGCACCACUGUACCAACUACAGAUUCUACCCACCACCACAUGAUGCUGAGCCCUCACUCCCUCAAUACCCAUUUGCUACUCAUGGAGAUGAUGUGCUCCCCCAGUCUAGCCCGUUCCAUUUAAUGAACCCCAGUUUAGCUAAUAACAGCCAUCUCAGUUCACUUGGUGGCCAGUGGUCAUCUGAGGGCCCAGUCCACUGCAAUAUGAUGUCAGUAAGUGCUAAUUCAAACCAACAACAAACCUUAGAAAUUAGAAUUACAUUACAAUCCUCAAUCUAUGGGUGAGUUUGUAUUGCAACACCUGGCGCCCCGAGUGGGUGGAGAUUUUUAAAAUGACCAAUAGAAUGGUCUAAAAGGUGCAAACCCCGCCCACCCGGGGCAUCCCGGCGAUGCAGAAUGAACUUACCCAAUACGCUCUGAUAUUUUAUUGAAUAUUUUCAUAUCACUAUCAAUUAUUUAGGUGGUACAGUAUAUUGCUCUAAUUCAAGUUUGUGUUAUGUUACGGAUUCAUAUUAUUUUGUUUUGUCCAGGGUGAAAUCUAUGAUGCUGUGGCAAGCAUUUGCCCAGACAGCAAGGAUGACCACGGACGAGAGUCCUAUCGCAAACAGGAGACAAUGGUAGAGCUAAUGCCUCAGAAUCAAAUGGACAUCAGUCAGUCUGUAAGAUGAUUUCAAACUUACUGUCUGAUGUGUACAAGUGUACAUGUAACCUACAUACUGCACAUGCUUGCAAUGACACAGCUAAAUGGUAAUGCAUAAUAACAUAUAAUGCAGGACCCCAUACAACCUUUACCAGAAAGCAUUUCUUUCAUUAAUUGUGCACUGCAGGAAUAGACACAUUCUUGGAUUCAUGUGAUCAAUGAAAAAGUGUUGACUGUGUGAAAAACAUGGGCUAAAUGUCAGCAUAACAAUUCAAAUAUCAGUCUCACAUAGCAAAGAUAAUUAUAUGAUUUUAUCUAGCCAUGGAAACCUGAUUGAAUGGUUAUGCUUGAAUAGGGCUCUCUGAGUCAAAAGAUAGAGCAGUAUUCUAAACAUGAUUGCAAUGACCUUACAGGAGUCAAAUGGUGCGUUAGUUUGUGUUAAUAAGCGAUAAUUCUUACAAGAGGAUAUGUGAAGGUCCUUUCAUAACAACCGUAACUGAAGACCAUUACUGUGUGGAUUCUCAGUGAAAUGCAUCUUUAGCUGUGAAAUGCCAGGCAUCUGAUUAUAUAAUCUCUGUGUUUCCGGUCUCUAGGCCAAUGGGCCGCUCACUGUGUAUCUGCAGCACCUAGACCACCAGCCUGGGGAGAACGCCACUGUGAGUCUCUAAUUGUUUAGCUGAGAGUUAUAUAUAAAACUCACUGGGCACAGACUUCAAUUCAACGUCUAUUCCACGUUGGUUUAAUGUAAUUUCAUUGAAAUGACGUGGAAACAAUGUUGAUUCAACCAGUGUGUGCCCAGUGGGAAGUUUCCAUCAUUAUUACACAACAUGUAUUACCUUUAGGCACUACUGUACACAUUCAAUUGCACAAUGAAGGCCUACUCCACAGAUGGACAUAGUUCUGUGAGUGUGUUGAAGUAAACUCUAACUCCAUAUAGAGUACCACAGUAUGAGUCAUAAUACCCAUAAAACCUAGCGGUCAAACAGGGAAAUGGUUCAAAUAGUUUUUUCACCAUUCAUUUUUCCCAUAGGGGAUUUUAGAAACACUUAAAAUAAGGGCUGUGUUUCAUGUAGGCUUACUCUGGCGUGAAGUUUUGAUAACCGUGUAAAUCUCUCUCGGACAAGGUGACUUUUAUCAAUAUAUUUGCCUGUAUUUAACCCCCCAAAAUUAAAUGCUAAUUAACUCAUAGCUCAUACAGAACUACAAAUGCCAUGAUCUGGAUGAGACUGCCGAAUCGAGGCAGAGGUAAGAAUAUCUGGAUGAACUCUCUAUUGUUAACGGAAUUUAGUCAUGAAUAAAUUGGCAACAUUUACUUAAAUUGACAAUUCUGUUAACUGUCUUGGGCAAGUUUUAAAAUAACACUACCUGUUAGCUAAGGUGUCAGCUAAAGAUGACGUACAGGAGCUUGCAGGGAUUUGUAGUCUUGCAUGAUGUCUACUUUUAUGCUAAUUAGCAUUUUCGAAUCUGAGAGUAGAGCCGAAUAUAUUGAUUUACAUGGUUAUCAAAAUGUCACUCCAGGGUAAGCCUACACAAAACACAGCCCUUAUUUUAAGUGUUUCAAAAUCCCCUAUGGGAAAAAGGAAUGGUGGGAAAACGAUUAUUUGACUGCAAGGUUUUAUGGGUAUUAUGACACGUCCACUGUGGGGCUCUAUCUAGGUUGUGUGCAACAUGAGUGGCCGAGGGCAGAUGGUGGUAAUGAACCACUGUAGCCCAGGUCAGAUACUCCACUCCCUGCCUCCUGGCCACCCAGACUGCAGUCCAGAGACCCACUACUACACCACAUCCUCUAAGGGAAAUUCAGAGCAGACCUACUCAAUGGGAAAAGGUUAGAGGCAGGCAGAUCACAUCUUAGUGCUGUGUUGUUGAUGUGUAGGCUACCAUGAAGAAUCUUGAUCAUCCCGCACAACAUAGGCCUACUGUUGUUGAGCUGUUCUGGUUAUUUGAAUACGGAAUAAGUAAGCCGAUAUUGAUGUAUCAACUAUUUCAUCCCAGAAUGCUUAUUAUGUAUUUUUAGAGAAAUGAAUGUACAUUCAUGACUGCAAAAGACAAAUGACAAGCCUGUGAUUCAUAGCAGGCAUUAUGAUGUGUUGUGUAGUAUCGCCAGUAAUCUCAUUCUUCAUGUACAACAGCCUCUCAGUCCUACCUGCCAUCUAUGAGCCUGCCUCCCAUUGGGCCCAACCACAGCCUCCUUUCCUCCAACCUGCUGGUCUCCCCUGGUCCUCCUGGCUCUGAAUACAGCUACAACCACAUGCCUGGACCCUACUUCUCACAGGUCAGUAGCAUGUCAGUCUCAGCCUCAAGUCUCAUGACCUGCAUAAGAUUAACUGUGUCUCUAACAAUCUAGAAAAUGUAGGUCAGAAUGUUUGCUAUUACUACUGAUAAAUAACACCAAAUCAACCAUCGAACUUGAAAAGCUAAAAAGAAAAAUGAACUUCAUAACAAUUGACCAUUGAGUUGAAAGGUGACAUUAUGUAUACGGUUGUCCUACCAGUACCACCAGUAUCCUGAGUAUCCUGACUCCCUGGGUCUGGUCCCUGAUGGGCAGUCCAUGGCAAGCAGUGUCUUACGGUAGGAACUUUAGGGAUGUGACAAAUGGAAACUGUUUCUUAACGUUUAAACUGCAAUUUUUUAUCGGUUUUCCAUUAAAACGAGAAGAAAAAUGCAAAAGAUUCCACGUGAAUCCACUAAAAUACUACUUUAGUAAAAGUCUAAAAGUAUCUGGUUUUAAAUGUACUUAAGUACAGUGGUGGAAAAAGUACUCAAAUGUCAUACUUGAGUAAAAAUAAAUGCUAUACAUCCAAUUCACUAUAUUAAGCAAACCAGACGGCUCGAUUUUCACGUUUUUUAUUUAUUUACGGACAGAUGGACACACUUCAACAUUCAGACAUAAUUUACAAAUGCAGUAUUUAUGUAUAGUGAGUCCGCCAGAUCAGAUGAAGUAGGGAUGGCAACCCGUUAUAUUGAUAGGUGCGUGAAUUGGACCAAAAUUCUGGCCUGCCUGAGCAUUCAAAAUGUAACAAGUACUUUUUGGUGUCAGGGUAUGGGAGUAAAAAGUACAUCAUAUUUUAUUUAGGAAUGUAGUGGAGUAAAAGUAAAGUUGUCAAAAAUAUAAAUAGUAAAUAAAGUACAGAUACCCCAAAAAACGACUUAAGUAAUACUUUAAAGUAUUUUUACUUAAAGUUGCAAUAUGUUACUUUUUGAGCGACCCGACCAAAUUCACAUAGAAAUGUGAGUUAUAGAUCUCUCAUUCGCAUUGAAAGCAAGUCUAAGAAGCAGUAGAUCUGUUCUAUGUGUAUUAUUUCUAUGCUUCCCGUUCUUAAGUUUAGUUUUUGCGUCUUUUACUUUUUGUUUUUGUACACCAGCUUCAAACAGCUGAAAAUACAAUAUUUUUGGUUAUGGAAAAUAUAUUUCACAGCGGUUUAGAUGUUACAAUGAUUCUCAACACUAUACUUGCUUUUUUGUCACAUAAACUGAAAUUAGGCAAACUAUUAGAAUUUUUGCAACCAGGAAAUGGCGGAGCGAUUUCUGCAUAGUGCAUCUUUAAGUACUUUACACCACUGGUGGCCACUUGCUGUUGUGUUUGAUAGUGAUCAUUCAAGUCUGCAAGUGUUUUGAGAAGGGUGUAACUGCAGCUUGCAAUUCGGGGCGUUCCUGCAUGUGGGCAUUCCUGCAUCUGCAGGAACCCCUCUUUAUACUUCCAUUUGUACAUUUUAAAGCUAUGACUCCAGUACAUAGGCAGGAGGCAGGGACGCUCCAGUACAGUAAAUGGCAGUAAUGCACCAUAACGUUGAAUGCCAACCGCUGAUAAACCCCAGUGAAGAAAGAUACACACCGGUAGAGUGUCCCUCGCUCCUGUUCUGUUAACGAUGCCGAGGACACUGUGUGCUAGCUUAGCCAGCUAGUCCUAAGGAGGACUCCGGUACACAGCAGGUGGGAGGCAGGAGCGACACCGUGUGCCAGCUAGCUAACUAUGACACUGCAGAUAUUGUCAUCAGAUCAUAUGGUCAGCAGGUCAUGGUAGUAACUGUGCAUCUUCUCUUUCACCCUGAUCAAGUCUCAGUGGAUCUCUAUGGGACUCCAAAUCCAAGAAGCCUUGCAACUGCACUAAAUCUCAGUGUCUCAAACUGUGAGUUGUAUCACAACCAGUCAUUUAUAUUUUGAAUAAGUUAGAUAUACAGUAGUUUCUUUCAUACUCUGUUAUCUGUUAUGUAGACUCGUGUGAUCUCACGUGUGAACGUUUGUAGAAUGACCAAACAAUGACUCAGAAAUCAUUGGGUGUUUCCUAAGGCCUUCACUCCUCAUGUUAUUUGCUAUUGUAUGUCAUCAUGACAUUGUGGUCUAAUCACUGUGUAUGCUAUCUUUGCAGUUACUGUGACUGCUUCGCUAACGGCGACGUCUGCAGCAACUGCAACUGCAUCAACUGCUGCAACAACAAUGAGCACGAGUCAGAGAGAUACAAGGCCAUCAAGGUACAGUGUAACACUUGUCUCAUUUGAGUUUUUCCUGGUCAGGUCACAUGGUUAGGAACAACUCCUGGCCCUACUGAUUACAAGUUGUCCAUUCUGUGGCAGUCAUGACAUUUUGUCAGCUGGUUAUUGUCAUGCAAAAGACUGCUGGUCUCACCGUAAUUGACCGAUAAUAUAAGUCUGCCAUUAUUUGUAUGAUUUUAUAGUAAGAAUAAUAAAAUGGAACUUAGCUGAAUAAAAUAGUAAGGAUAUUUUUCCGAUUCCGGAGCGAGUGCGCAUAUGAAGUGGCUAUGUUGAACGUAAAAGUGAUAAUUUGAAAUGGGUCCUAUACGCUAGAUUUAGAGUUAUUUGUCAACUUUAGUUGUGAAUGAUACAAACCUUAGAGUGUCUUAGAAAUAAAAACAUAUAUGAGCUGCAUGAUGCGACUAUAGGCUAUUGAACAUUUGAGAAAGUAGCAAAAAAAGCUUGUUCCUUGCUUCAGGCUGCACACGCUGUUCUCUCAUCAAGUGAUCAUAUUUUCACUAUUCUCAAUUUAAUCUUGUCUUUACUAAUAUGUCAAAUUAGUUUCGAUUUAGAAUUGCCCAUUAUGUGAGAAAAGGGAAGAAACCCGCAUGCUGCUCUUGCUAGCAUGCUGCUCUUGCUAGUAUCACUGUUCUUUAUUAAAACCUUCGUCAGGCCUUAAGGCCGAUGCGUAGAGCUUAAUAAAGAACAGUGAUAGUAGCAAGAACAGCGUGCGUGUUUCUUAUUUAUUUUUUAUCUCAUGUUAUUCAAUUGUUACCAUGCACCUGCAACAAAGAUAGCUCAAAUGUGCGAGUGCCUUUUGAAUUUAGAAUGGCCCAUUUUCAAAUGGGCAGGAACGGGGCAGGGGAAAAAAGACGUCAUCCAUAUGCACUCGAAUAGCGAAUGAAGCACCCCCGCUGGUUCGUUUUUCAAUCAUGCUGGUAGGCUUCUCCAGUUAUUUCACUCCAUGCAUCAACCGCUGUUUGAGGAGCAUGCAGCCUCUCACUGUGCGACAGGUGAUAUUCCACCAUGGGCUCUCCAAUUAUGUUCCUGCAGCUACCCAGUGCUUAAUUUGGGAAACCAAGUGAAAUCUGUUCGGGAACAUAGUUUUCACAACUAAACAUAUUUCAUUAAACUGUUGCGAGCCCCUCUCUCUGCCCGCUGGAGAGAGGAAUGAAGGAGAGAGAGGAGAUGGAAAUGCACAGUGGUGAGAUAUUCUGUAGCUAAAGGUAAUGUGUCAGCCUUUUAAUUAUGAAAAUAUAAAAAAUGCCCUAUUCAAAAUCAAAUACAAAUUCACUAUUACUGUAGGCUUAGCCGCCCUGCACAAUCAAUGAACCAACAGCAUUGCUUAGGCAUGAUGAAAAUGUAUGCACUCACUAACUGUAAGUUGCUCUGGAUAAGAGCGUCUGCUAAAUGACUUAAAUGAAAAUGUAUGAAAGACAUCUUAAAUCAGUUUUUUUUAAAUGUUUUUCUGUCAUGCGUAAUAUGCAGUAGGGUACGUAUUGUAAGACAGCACAAUCAUUAUUUUAAAUCAGGAUUUCCGGGAUUGGGCUCAUAGGCCUAUGCGUAUGCAUAAGCUCUAAUAGUAUGGAGGUUUUGAAUUAAUCAUCACCUUAGAAAGCGCUAUCCAUUUCGUUGUGUUAGGCUUUAAAACAACAUCCACAAUGACCAUGUUUUCCACUCAGUUUCAACCUGUUGUUGAACUUCUUUCUUCAUAUUGAUCAGUUACAUUGAGGUGUUUUAAAAGCACGAUACUGUUUUGAUGAUGUGUUUGAUGUGAUGUUUUAUUGCAUUUGCAUUGAUGUCAGAGUUGUUAGAGGGACAAUAGAGCCCUAAGUACCAGGCCAUUAGGACCUGAUGGUCGUUAGUGAGUUAGGUACUACCAACGCAUGUCCAGAGUGCGUAAGAGGAGAUUACUUGAGUCAUGUGGCAUUUUGAUUGCCGAUGUGGCGGUAAUAUGGUCACCGCAACAGCGCUAAUCAUGUCUUGAAACAACUGAUGAAGUAGUUGAGGGGACCCCCAUAGUAUCUGCCUGCUGUCAUUCCUGACAGGCACUACACUGCUUGAAUGAACUCAUCAGGGUUUGUAUUGAACCAUUUAAGGACUCGCCCAAGGUUAGCGGGUCAGACUAUUAGGGGAGUUUGAUGGCUCAGUGAGUCACUGGAGUUAAGGCCUGCAGACAGAAAGACACAACAGCUUCAGUGGACCAGGGUUCUGCUACACUCUUAGAAAAAUGGGUUCCAAAAAGGAUCUUCGGCUGUCCCCAUAGAACACGUGUCAAACUCAUUCCACGGAGGGCCGAGUGUUUGUGGGUUUUCGCUCCACCCUUGUACUUGAUUGUUGAAUUAAGGCCGCUAAUUAGUAAGGAACUCCCCACACCUGGUUGUCUAGGUCUUAAUUGAAAAACCUGCAGACACUCGGCCCUCCGUGGAAUGAGUUUGACACCCCUGCCACAGAAUAACCCUUUCUGGUUCAAGGUAGAAUCCUUUUUGGUUCCAGGUAGAAUCCUUUUUGGUUCCAGGUAGAACCAUUUUGGGUUCCAGGUAGAACCCUCUGUGGUAAGGGAUUUAUAUGGAACACAAAAGGGUUCUACCUGUAACCAAAAGGGUUCUACCUGGAACCAAAAAGGGUUCUUCAAAGGGUUCUCCGAUGGGGACAGUCGAAGAACCCUUUUAGGUUUUAGAUAGCACCUUUUUUUGUGUGUAUGCUGUAGUGUUAGUCUGUAUCUUUCAUCUUGUAAGGGAAAAAUAUUGUCAAUGUCAACUGAGUGUAGGGAGUCGGUGAUAUAUAAUGUUUACAUAUGCACGUAUGUAGCUAAAUGUUAUAAUUGUGUUGGUAGACUGUGGUUUCUAUGUUAUUUUAAGAUUGAUAAAAAUAUUAUUUUCCUGAAGAUUUGUCUGGACAGAAAUCCUGAGGCAUUCAGACCCAAGAUCGGCAACGGGAAACUGGGAGAGAUCAAAGGACGCCACAACAAGGGCUGCAACUGCAAACGCUCAGGCUGUCUGAAGAACUACUGCGAGUGCUAUGAGGCAUGUAUGGAUAAAACAUUACUCUGUUUGACUUAAGAGGAACCUGUAGCCUUCACAUACACUGAGUAUACAAAACAUGACAUAGACUGACCAGGUGAAUCCAGGUGAAAGCUAUGAUCCCUUAAUAAUGUCACUUGUUAAAUCCACUUCAGUCAGUGUAGAAGGGGAGGAGACAAGUUAAAUAAUGAUUUUUAAGCCUUGAGAAAAUUUAGACAUGGAUUGUGCAUGUGUGCCAUUCAGAGGGUUAAUGGGCAAGACAAAUGUAAGUGCCUUUGAACGGGAUAUGGUAGUAGGUGCCAGGCGCACCGGUUUGUGUCAAGAACUGCUACGCUGCUGGGUUUUUCACGCUCAACAGUUUCUCGUGUGUAUCAAGAAUGGUCCACCACCCAAAGGACAUCCAGCCAACUUGAUACAACUGUGGGAAGCUUUGGAGUCAACAUGGGCCAGCAUCCCUGGGGAAUACUUUGGACACCUUGUAGAGUCCAUGCCCAGACGAAUUGAAGCUGUUCUGAGGACAAAGGGGGGUGCAACUCAAUAUUAGGAAGGUGUUCCUAAUGUUUUGUACACUCAGUGUAGAAUACUAGUCUAUAACAGUAGUGUUGAACAGUAGUGUAUCUAUUGUCCCAUACAGGCCAAGAUUAUGUGCUCGUCCACCUGUAAGUGUGUGGGCUGCAGAAACUACGAGGACAGUCCAGAGAGGAAGACCAUGAUGUGGGACAGCCCUGACACCACCUUCUACAAGAAGGCCAAAUGUGACAAGGACAAGUGAGGACAUCUAAAUUAAUUCCAUGUCAAACGAAAGCACCAUAAUCAACCAGUCCCUGCUUUCUCUCCAACUCCCCCACCCCCCCAGGUUUAGUCAAUUAAAUAAUGAAUAGCUUUUUAAAAAAAUCAUAAUAAAUUAAUCCUAAACAUGAUGGAUUAAUAAGUAAUUUACUAGCAAGUAGGCCAUGAAUGAAUAUCAAUGCAUAUGUAGUGUAAGAUGAUUUUGAUUUCACUUGACAAACAAAUCAUUUAGUCUCUUCAGGCCUUGCAAAUUGCAUUAUGUUGUUGUUGUAAGGAGAGGAGAAUGGUCUCCUCUCUCCUUCUUUUGGUCACUGUUGGUCUUUUGGCUGAUAGGUGUCCUCUGUCGUGCAUCACGCUCGACGUCGUGGAAGCCACAUGCGGCUGUCUUCUGGCGCAAGCAGAGGAGGCUGAGAAGGAAGGCUACAUGCUGUGUCAAGCUGAGAAAAUGAUUUUGGAGGAGUUCGGCCAGUGUUUGACGCAGAUUGUUCGGUCAAUAUUUAAAUCUACUAGCUCGUAG